UUAUGAUACAUAUUAUAGAGUUACAUUGAAUAUUCUCAGAUACGAUAAUGCUAUAAAAUUUAUCGCCACCGGAUAGGAUGGUCCACCCUUUCGAUCCUAAUUAUAAAUCGGGACCAUAUCGGACUAGGUGGCUUGGUCCGCUUUGGCAUUUCUGACAGUGAUCAAUAGCUAACGAAAAGUGAAUGCUAAAAUUCGCUAUUUUGAGUUGUUUAUUUGUUGAAAUAUUGAAGUACCAGUUCGAAAAUUAUGCAAUCAAGUUUCUCAUCUGAAUGUACAUCCCACGAGAUAGGAGGCACAAACUCAGAUGUUCGUCGUGAACCCCUAGACUUUGAAGAUUACGGAAGUUCUGAGGAUAACCUGCUGCGUGAUUCAGAGUUUGAGAGUGAAACGAAUAUUGUUGAACAAGAAACGAAGUUGAAAAACUUAGAGGAGAAACUGAAAUCAAGAAAGAGGAUAAGAAGCGAGAGUAAAUGGAAAAAAAACAAACGGAAAUAUUUACGAGCUAGUGGUCAAAGUUAUACCAAUGUCAAAGGCGAAACUGUCCGCGCUAAAAUAUUCUUUCCUGCAGAUAACUGCUGUAAGUUAGAAUGUUUUAAGGUAAUAGGUCCAGAAAUCCAAACGGAUAUACACAAUAAAUUUUAUGGUCUUGCCAAUUUCGACGCGCAGACUGGAUAUAUAUUUUCGCAAGUCAAAGUUAAGCCAGUUGCUCGUCAUUACUCCUCAACUGCUGCCAGUUCUACUAACAAAUCGAAAUAUUUGACGAGGGAAUAUUAUUUACCUAACAGCGAAGGAAGUGACGUAAGAAUUUGCAAAAAUUUCUUCAAGAAAAUUUUAAUGGUAUCAGACGGUAAAAUUGAUAGAACCCUAAAAAAAAUUGAAAGUGUUUGUGACUUCAUCAGAUCAUUUCCAACAUAUAUUUCUCAUUACUCGAGGAAUAAGACGGAUAGAAAAUACCUUAGUCCUGACUUGAAUAUUAGAAUUCUGUAUACUGAGUAUAAGAAAAAAACUGCUAAUCCUGUGUCAGAAUUCAAGUUUCGCGAUGUGUUCAACACUAAAUUUGAUCUUCAUUUUCACCCACCUAUUGUAGACUCCUGUAAGACGUGUGACUCUCUACAAAAUAAAAUAAAAUAUGAAGUUGAUGAAGGAAAAAAACAACAACUAAAUUUUCAACUAGAACUUCAUCAGCGCAAAGCACAACAACUACGAGAUGCUAUGAAUAAAGAUGCGGGAAUUUCAAAAGACGAAGUUACAGUUAUAGCUUUCGACCUGAUGAAAACAUUGCCUACGCCUGUUAUCUCCACCGGUAUAACAUAUUAUAAGAGGCAAUUAUGGACCUACUGUUUGGGAGUCCACAACUUGCAGAGUACUGAAGCUACAAUGUUUGUAUGGGAUGAAUCUAUAGCAUCUCGUGGUGCUCAAGAAAUAGGAUCAUGCCUGAUGAAUUAUAUAAGACACAACGUGAAGACCAAAAAAGUUAUAAUGUAUUCUGACGGUUUCGGUGGUCAGAACAGAAAUAUUAAGAUGGCUCUUAUUUGCCAAUACAUGGCUCAAUCACAGGAAUUUGAGGUAGACGAAAUUCAGCACAACUUUUUGGUUGACAAUAAAGGGAUUGGUAUAAAACGGAUCAUAACAAAUUGGCGCCCAACGUGGGGCGAUUUGAGUGAUAGAAACACUCAAAAUAUGGAAUCCAGAAACAAGAGUUUAGCUGGAGCACAAGAAAACAAUAAUUCCAUUAUACUGGAUUUUAUUUUGAAGAUGAGAGAAGAUAUGAACAAGAAAUUCGAUGAACAGUCUAAGAAACUUGCUGAACUUUUUAAGAAAUUUGAUGAGCAUUCCAACAAAGUGGAUGAACAAUUCAUAAAAUUGGAUGAACAAUUUGGGAAAUUUGGUCAAAAUGGUACGGAAAUAGAAAGAAAAAUUAAAGAAUGUGCAGAGAGAAUGGAGAACAAAGAAACAAAUAUUUUAUCAAUGGAACAAACAGACAGACGAAAUCAGGAGGAAUUAGAUUUUACAGAGCAUUAUAUUCGAAAAGAGGUACAGGAACAACUGGAUGAUGACAUAAACGAAAUAAAGGAGACUGAUGAAAUACAAAAAGAAACAUCAGAAAGAGUCAUGUACAAAGAAAAUUCUACGUCAGAAAUAAUCAAGUUAGGGGAUAAAAAAUGGAAUUUCAAUGGAAAAGAAAAAGGAAAAUAUACUGUCCUUGUGCCAUCAAUUAGGAAUGUUGAGGAAUUGCCGUUGAAGAAAACCAUCAAUUUAGCCACCUUUUGCCCACACCAUCAUCCCCACCAGAAACUGAGCAAUAUUUCAUUGAAGAAACAAAGACUUCCGCAGUUCCUCAUAUACGUUCAAUACAAUCUCCGAUACAACACUCAGCGCAAUCUCCAAUUCUACACCCAUCUCCACGACGCCAACACAUGA